AUGGGCUAUGUAGCGGUCUCCAACAGCGCUCACGCCGACGGAUCCGGAGUCCGCGAGAUCUACGUCGUAUGGCGCGGGACCGAAGGAACCAAAGAGUGGGGCGACGAUAUCCCCAAAACUCUCGUGCCGUUCGACGACUCCACCAGCGAUGUUCCGAUGGUCAUGAAAGGCUGGUUUGAGAUCUACACCGUGGUAGCCGACGUGCAGACGAAGGAGAGCGCCAGGGAGCAGCUACUAGCUAAGAUAAAAGAGCUGGUGGAGCAGUACAAAGACGAGAGCCUCAGCAUAGUUUGUCUCGGCCACAACCUGGGAGGCGCCCUUGCUAUCUUAAGCGCUUACGAUAUAGUGAGGAGUGGGUUGUCUAAGAUCGGGGAGAAAGAGGAGUUCCCCGUUUGCACCAUGGUGUUUGGUUCACCGCGAGUGGGGAAUCAGGCCUUCAGCGAUAGCUGGGCGAAGCUGCCCAAUCUGAGAGCUCUGCGUGUCUUGAACAAAGAUGAUCUUGACAUUCCAAACUUUCCGCCAACUUCAGAUGGCUACGUUGACAUUGGCACGGUUCUGACCGUGGAUUCCAGAAAGUCGCCGUGCUUGAAGACAAAUCAUGACAGGCAUAACUUGCAGGUGAACCUGCACACGGUGGCCGGGUGGACCGGGGAGAACGGCGACUUCGACUGCACCAUCGUGAAGAGGAGCCUUGCGCUGGUGAACAAGCACGGUGGCUAUCUGAGUAUAAACCCGGCGCUGCCGUCGUGGUGGGCGGAGAAGAACAAAAGGAUGGUGCGUGGCGAGGACGGCUUGUGGUCUGAGUUACCGCCCGAGUCCUAG